AUGCGGCUGCAUCCAUGUUGUGGGGGAGCGGGCGUUGCUCCGGGCGACGCGUGUUUACGGCUCAGCCUGCCAACAGCUUUCUUCGCCUUGUGCCGCAUUCCAGACCAGGCUCUCCAGUCUUGUCUGGCGCCCGUCAUUGGACUUCCUACUGUCCGUUUUCCACCAAAACUGCCUGCGCCCCCGAAGCUUCCAGGGCCAGGUAUGUAG